AUGACGAAGGGCGCCAGAUCUACUACCCGAGCGGGUGACUACGACACUGGAAGCAGUAUCCGUCACCGACCCGCAGUGAAGACGUUGGUCGACACUGGACCAUCGCCACCUCAAUUACCCGUGGAGGACGCCCCCUACGAGCCUCCUGCGUCAUCGUCUUACGACCAGAGCCAAGCUUACAAGCCCCCGACGCCAUCCUACCGACCGGAGCCAUCCUACAAGCCGCCGGCACCUGCUUACAAGCCCCCCACUACCCCCGUCCUUACAAGCCGCCGCAACGCUGCUACAGAGCCCCCCACCCCAUCCUACAAGGCAGCCCCCAGCCCCGGUGUAGUAGCCCACCAACGCCAGGCUACCAGGAACCUGCCUACAAGCCAAGACAGCCUACGGGUGACCCCACGGGCGGACCCUGACAAGCACAGAACACGAUCCUGGGGGACCGCCGGUGCGUGGAAAUUUACUCCUUGCUUGUACAGGAUGCAAGGAGAUAAGGAAAUUGGAUAG